AUGGCAUCAUCCUCAUCAGCACAGUCUCAAUCCGCCGCCACAGCGGUGGUGAGACAUGAAAUUCGAGACUUGAAAGAAGUCAAGGCUGACCAAGAAAAUGGAUUGAUUUUCGAGAAGAAUGUCUCUGUACCUCUCAAGGGGUCGAAUUUGCCAGUCCGAGCAAACAUCUAUCGUCCUGUGGAUACCUCACGCAGAUAUCCAGUCUUGGUCACUUAUGGUCCAUACGGAAAAGACAUUUUUUAUGGAGAUUUCCAUCGAGCUUCGUACAGUCAAGUCCCUGCAGAACACAAGUCACGAUACGCAGCUUGGGAAACUCCCGAACCGGUCUUUUGGUGUCGACACGGUUACGCCAUAGUCAGAGCCGACGAGGUGGGCCUGGGUCAAUCCCCUGGAAUCAUGGAUACAAUGUCUAGAGGUACGAGCGAGGCAUUUUUCGACGUUGUGGAAUGGGCGGCCGAACAACCGUGGUGUUCUGGUAGAGUAGGUUUGCUGGGGAUCAGUUACUAUGCCGGUAGUCAAUGGAGAGUGGCCGCCCGGAGACCCAAGGGACUCGCGGCCAUCAUCCCUUGGGAAGGCAUGUCGGAUUAUUACCGCGAUCGUUGUCGACCCGGAGGGAUCUUGUCCAACGGUUUCAUCAGGUUCUGGUGGAAUCGACAGGUGAUCACGAACCAGUACGGGAGACCCGGUCGGGCCUCUUCCGAAUGGGGUGAAGAUACCAUCGAAGGUGAUUUGAGUCCCGAAGAUUUGGAAUUCAAUCGGAGAGAUCAAAACGUAGACAAUGAAAAAAAUCGAUUCCUAGACGACGAAUAUUAUUCCAAAAGAGAUUAUCGUCUGGAAGACAUCCAAGUACCUUUACUUUCCGUUGCCAACUGGGGAGGUAUCACUCUUCACUUGAGGGGAAAUGUCGAAGGAUAUACCUGGGCGGGAUCUCAACACAAGUGGUUGAGGUUCAUUACUGGACGUCACGACCUACCAUUCUAUUAUCCCGAGGAAGUCGAGGUACAACGUGGAUUUCUCGAUUGUUUCUUGAAAGAUGACGACUGGGCAGGUUGGAAGACUGGAAAAGUCCCGAAAGUUUCGAUCCGUCUCCGGAAGGGGGACAAGGGUGUCAAUGACGCCGCGGCAGAAAAGGACUUUUCCACCCGACCAGAAAAUGAAUGGCCGAUUGCUCGAACAGAUUAUCAAAGAUGGUAUUUGGGUCCUGAUUUGUCUCUGGGGGUCGAUCCGCCUUCGUCAUCUUCCACCACCAAAGUAAUAGAUUACAAGGCUUUGGGGAGUAUGAAAGAUCCUCAGAUUGUGAGCUUCCAGAGUGCUGCCUUUGAAAAAGAGACAGAAAUUACUGGUCAUGUUACAGCACAUUUGAAUUUGUCAAGGAGUCGUCAGGACGAGCACAGGGACGAGGAUGAGAAAGAUGCAGCUGAAUAUCAAGAAGAAUCGGAACUCGACGUCUUUGUCACUUUACGUCACGUCGGUGAAGACGGUGAAGAAAUCUUCUAUACAGGUGCGGCUGGAGAUCCUGUCCCCUUGUCCAAGGGAUGGUUACGGUUGAGUCUGAGGAAAGUGGACACCAGUCACCCGAGACACCGAGAGUACGUCCCACAUCGAAAUUAUCUCUCUACAGACAUACAAUCGGUCGCACCCGGUAAAGUCUAUGAGGUCGACGUCGAGGUUUGGCCAACAAACGUGGUGGUCGAAAAGGGAGGUUCUUUGGUGUUUGAAGUCUCGUCCGGGGACAGUCAAGGUUCGGGAUUGUUUUCCCACGACAACCCUGUGGACAGACCUGCCUCGAAACUGGCCGGGUUGAAUCAUAUCCAUUUCGGUGAUGGGUUGCUCAAUUAUGUGGUCUUGCCGGUCAUACCUCCGUUGACUGGAAUGUGA